AUGCCUCAAAAGGGUUCUGGUAGGGCAAGAGUCGGUGAUGCUAACUCACCAACAAGACAUAAUGGUGGACGGGCAUUAGCAAGAACUGCACCAAAUGACUAUACCACAGAACUACCAUCUAAGGUUUAUUCCAUGGCCUUCAACAACGCUCUGAGCCACCAGUAUAAAAGCGGGAAGUUGUUUGUUAUUGGUGGUAGUAAAGUCGAUUUAAUAUCCCCUACACCUGAAUUAGACUUGGACACGUUGGAUCUUAUUAACACAAGCGCACUUGAAGACAAGAAAACUUUUGAAGACAAAGCUAUUUUUAGGAAGUUCUUAGAGGAAUUUCAACUUAAAGGCAAGAGGUUACUUUUCAUCACAGACAAGACUAGAGAGGGGCUUAUGAAAAGUUCUGAUCCAUACAAGCAGAAAAUAGAUGUUAUACAGAAAGAACUCGUCGAGGUAAAUGACAUACUAAGAGCACAGGCUGUCUUUAUUGAAUUAGAAGCUCUUGAAUACUUGGCAAUAGUUCACCAGAAAGAAUAG